UACAUUGUUUCCCAACUAACUACUAAUCAAAAAAACAAUUGUGAAGUACAACUAUGUAAAGCAAAACCCCGAAACCCUACCAUCCCAGAAGAAGAAGAAUGUCGUCGGAUGCCACCAUCGCCACCGCCGGCAACCCCAACGCCGCCACAAACCAAUCGUUCCGGUGCCACAACUGCCGUAUCGCCACCGCCGCUGCCGCCCGCUGUCCAGGCUGCCACCGCCUUUGCCCUAACCCUAAUUACCCUUCCGUCUCCAUCUACGGCCCUUUUACUCCUCCCCCGACCCAAACCCCACUUCACACCUCCGACUACAUCGAUUCCGACGACGAAGACCUCUUCAAUUCCAUCCUCGAUCGCAUCUCUACCCAAGCUCGACAGCCCAAGCAUUUGUCCCAUACCUCCAAAUCCUUCAUCAAUUCACUUCCAAUCUUGAAAAUCACCGGGUCCCUAUUAUCCAAAUCUUGCUCAAUUUGCAAGGAUGAGUUUGAGAAAAAUGAUCAAGUCAAUCCAUUGCCUUGUGAUCAUGUUUUUCAUCACAAUUGCAUCCUUCCGUGGCUCAAUCGCAGCAAUUCGUGUCCCUUGUGUCGGUACAAGUUGCCCAUGGAGAGGAGACCGGAGCCCUUGAUGCUGUAUGUGGUGAGGUUGGGGAAUUUGUAUGUGGAAGGAUGGGGUGAAGAUCAUGAAAGUGGGUUUCGUGACGCCGUGCUGAGGAAUGGACUGUUUGCUGUGUUGACUCAGCAGCAGUCUUCAUCUUCCUCCACCGCAACGCGAAUGGGGAGAGCAGAGAGGGGUUCAGCAGUGGGAACUGCUAGUAAUGUGGAUUGUGUUGUUGCUAGUGGAUUGGCUACUGCUGGGGAUGUAAAUGUUAUGCUUGACGAGGAUGGUGAUACUGUGAUGCUUGAUGCGUGAUAAAUAUUCCGUGGGUUUUUUGUGUGUUCUUGUUUAUGUACAUUUGUUCUUCAGCAAGUCUCUGGUUACACAACUUCUGCCCGCUUAAAAAGGUGCAAGUAUGGACUCGAAAGAUCACUCUUGACAGUUAUGCAGAUUGAAAUGACCUGUAAUGGUUACAUUUUGGAUGCCAAGUUAUCCUUUUUGUUGUCUGUCUGUUUUUUUUUUUUUUUUAAUUCUCUUUUUUCAUGAAAAAAAAAAAAAAAUCCUGAUUUCAGAUAUGAUUAGGAUGCUCAAAGUGACCUACUGUAAAUAGUGCCUUCAUAUUAAAUAGUUAAUGUUGCUGGAUUUGGCUGGUAGUUACGGCCCUUUUGUAUCCAAAUAUUGGUAGCAUAUGCAUAUUAUGAUGGUAAGCUUAGUAGCAA